AUGGAUGGGGAAAGCAGCGAGGGCCCCGAGUUGGGCGACAUCUUCGCGGCUCUGAAGGAGUCGGCGCAGGGGCAGUGGGACGCGGAUGCCGACGAGCUGCUGCUGAAGGGACUCGUGGCCCUGCAGGCAAAGUUCUUCGCCCGUUUCAGCUCCGUCCGCGGGGAGGUGGAGAGCCUUGUGACGGACGUCUGCACCGCCUCUGUCCAGGCGCAGAACGCCAUGAACUCCUUCGUCCUCCUCGCGCAAAAGCAGUUCGUGCAGAACCGCGUCUCCCUCGACGCCGAGGACGACGACGACGACGGCGAGGACGACGGCGAGGGUGCCCGCUCGCUGCCCGACGACGCGGCUGCGGGGGGAGACGCGGAGGCAACGGCGGCGCGCGCCUGCCAGGACGCCGUCGAGCUUGGCGUCCGCGUGCUGGAGACGCGGACGAUGCCGCUGUUUGCCCACGGCGCCGUCGUGGACGCGCAGGACGGGGACGACGGCGACAGCCGCUCCCAGUCCGCCGCGGACCCCUACCGCCACCGCCACUUCAUGGCGCUCAUUGGCUCGGAGCGCUUCCUUAACGACCCGUACGGCGGCUACUUCGAUGAGCCGAGCCCGCGGUCGUGGGGCUCCUCCGCCUCGGACCGUCCCUCAGACGCCACACCGGCGGCGGUGGAGCCGCGGCGGGGGCCGGCACUCAACACCGCCGCCGUUGCGCAAUCGACCACCGUACCGCCGCCGCCACCGCCACCGCCGCCACCGCCGCCACCGCCGCCACCGCCGCCGCCGCCGCCGACAAUGUCAUCGGCUCCACCUCCUCCACCUCCACCUCAAGCCGCGGUUGCGGCAAAAGCCGCGAAGGCGGAGCCGGCGGCACCUCAGCGCAAGAUAAUUUCUAUGACGAACCUUUUUUCUUCGUCUGAGAGUUCCGCGGAGCCGAGCGCCCGCCCGGGCCCAACGCCGCAGCCCAAGCCUGGUGGAAAGAGGGCAAGCGCGUUUUUCACGGGAGGGGGCUCAACAGACUCGCCCUCCGAGGAUUCGUCCACGGUGCCCACCCCAAAGUUCCUGGCCAAAGCUGCAGCAGGGCGAAGGGCUGUCAUGUUUGCAAAUGACUCAUCGGCUGACAGCAGCGGCAGACCUCCGCCGCCCCCGGCGAUGCAGGCCAGAAAGGCGCCGGCAAGAAAGCUCCCGAAUCGUACUCCAUCCACAUCUUCGUCCUUCUCUUCAGAAGAGGACCCCACAGAGGCCGCGCUGCCUCCUCGCGCCGUGCUUGACAAGGUCAGCGUUGGCACUUCUUCGACGAAGGCAUUGCCUAAGGCCGCCCCACGAAAGGCAGAGACGACGUCCUCUCCCUUCGACAGCAGUUUGAGUGGUGACACACACCCGGCCCUAACUGGCGUGACCCGAGCGGCUGCAGCUUCCUCCGGCAAAACGCCCUCGGGGGGCACCGCGCUAAGGCACGAGGAGGAGGGGGAGGAGGAGGUCUCUGUGCCCGCCGACGACAAGGAGCGACAGCCCAUGACUGCGGCUCCUGCCACUUCUUCCGCGCCCGCGGCCGCCCCUGCAUUUGCGGCAACGGGACAGAAACCGUCCUCAGAGGUGGAAGGGCCACCCCCAAGGACCAUCGUUCCUUCUUCCAGGCGCGCGGACAAGGCUCUAUCGACAUCCUCCUCAGAGGCGGAGGGCGCCUCAACCCGCAAGGUGCCUCCUUCAAACCUUCCAAGCAUCACAGUUGCAAAAAUUUCGCCGUCGCCGCCUCCCAAGAGAGUGGAGGCCAAAGGUAUGACUGAUUUGUACAGCAGCGACUCGGAUGUUGCAGAGGCCGCCUAUGCAGCUCCACGUGUGGUUCGCAAGCUAACGGCUAAGUGGGCGGCAAACCGGCGUCGCGUGUACAGCAGCGACUCGGAUAUUUGA